AUGGUCAGUUUCGAAAACUUGAAACGUUGAUUUGUGCGGUUUUCCAGGUGACUGACAACGAACGAAUCCCUCUUCUCACUUCUUCCACCGCAGGUAAUUUUUAUUAAAUCAGAUAUAACAUCGCUUCUAAAAGGGUUUUGGUGAUUUUUUCAAGAAAAGCGGCGAAUGAAUUAAAUUACUUUGGAAAAAAGAGGAAAAAAUUUCUCACAGAAACGUGUAGAAAUUGGACUCAUGGAGCGUAUUUUUCCAUUUUUAUUUUUCUGCCAAAUUCAUAACUAAUUCUCAUAUACUUUCUCUUUUUUCAGUUCAGGUAGACCCAAGUAAAUCUAACAUUUCAAAAAUUGGAAAAAAAAUCCUGAAAAAAGUUCAGUCAAUGAGUCUGAUCAGAGCUCGCUCAGAUAGAUUUAAAGAAAUCAGAAUACAAAAUCGGCGAUUGAUAGCUAAAAAAGGAAUUGUUAACGUUAGAAAAUUUUGAUUUCUGGUAUUCAUUUUGGUUUUUACCUUAGCAUUCUUACACUCCUUUGAGUCAGGGGAGAGAGAUAAUAAGAACUUUUUGUGCGGCGAUAGCGGAGGGCAAAAAUACCCGCGAAAAAAAAACAACAUCCAUAUCGCCAAGUACAACACAAUCCCCUGUGUUUCCAUUAAUGCGUUGCGCGUUUUCCUCUCCUUUUGUUUGAAAGAAUCGAUUUAUUUCAAAGUUUCAUCUGUCAAACCACUUUAAAAUUUUAAUUGGUUCAAGAUCAUUAUUUUUCAAAGUCUGUAGAAAAGUAAUUGACAAUUUCCGAGUGUUUUGCUGGUAUAAUGGGAAUAUUUUUUCUGCCUUCGGAGGGCUCAGCAAACGGUUUUGAACAGAUUAAUGUUUCUAUCGAAGAAAAAGCAAACAAACAAGUUUCAAGAGUUUGCUUAAACUUAGGGAAGAUCUCCUUCAGCUGAUUCUAACCCAAAACAAUUCUUUUUCAGUUUUAGAUGUCCUCAAAUGUUUACCGCAUUGUUGCUGUUGAGCAAACGACAGUUUUUGACAUUGUUGCACAGAGAUAACCUCGAGUUUUCAGCGAACUUUUAAAAGUUAUAAAAUGUACCUCUCUUUUAAUUAUUUUUUUCUGUCGUUCUGACUUUUUUGAUUCUCUGAAUUGAGCAAACUUGCUUUUCCACGUUUGUUUACAAUGGAAAAUUUGAAGAUUACGAGAGCCUCGAAGACAUCCGGAGAACGAUGGUCUCGGCCAAAGCCCUCAACGGGAACGCCAUUCCAAAGGUCGACGAUGAGCUCUCAGUUGUCUCUGGUGAUGAAACCAUCCGCUUGCGUUCAUAUCGUACAACGGCUCUCAGAACGGUUUAUUUUGGAAUUAUUGAACAGUUUUUUCUCAUUUUUCCAUGCUUCCAAAAGAAGGGAAUCACACUAGUUGGAAUUUUGAGAAGUGCCAGCGAACAACUUAAUUGUAAGUCUCGUAGUCUCAACUUUUUUCGGAGUAAAGUUACUCUUUCAAAAAAUAAAUCUAGCAGUUUUGAAGUCGUAUUUUUCUCUCAAGGAGUAAGAAUUGAAAUGCGGAUAGUACGAAAAAAGUUUUAACACUUAUUUAAAGAGUCCAUUUCGCUUCAAGCUAAUCUAAAAAACAGGAUCUACUAUUAUUGCAAUCAUUUUUCUAAAAUUCUCGAGCUUAUUUUCAAACUGUUUCAAGGUUUUGUUCUGGACUUUGUCCAUAAUAACCCUUGGAGCUUACCGGUUACUGGCCUACUGGAUGAAGUCCGUCGAAGUCGCAGUUCGCUUUGAAAAAUGUUCUCACACCGAAGCCACUCACAUUGUCAUAAUGUGAGGUAUUUCGGUUUUCUCUCUCAUCAUCUCAUUUUUAAGCGAUGUGCACAACGAAAACCAUAUCAAAGCUGUGACUCGAGAGGAGAAAAAAGAAGGAUUCUUGAAGCCUGAUGUAAGCUUUAAUAUCAAUGAUUUGGUAACUGGAGAAUUUCAGAAGGAUGGAACCUUGAUGAAAACGGACACGAUCAGUUUUUUCACCUACAGAAAGCUGAGAUUCAUAUGGUACUCCGAUCAAAGCAAAUGGAUCAGCCCUGCCGACCUUGAUAGUCAAGUAGGAAAUCUCGAAACCUAUCACCGAUACGCAGAAAAAAUUUAUUGCCUUAAACUACCCUAUUUUUUAAUUAGGACAUGCUUUAAACUUAUGAUGAGGCUCCUAAAUGGGACGCCAAACAUUGCUUUUUUUUUUUUGAGAUAGCUUAGUUUCGGAAUAACUUUGUGAAGUCUUAUGGUUUGGAAAAAAUUAUUCAGUGAAAGAUUUUAGGCAUUGUUCUCAACUUUCACAAAAAGAGUGGAUGAUCACAAUGGUUUGACUGACGACACGGCUACCCAGAAACGCACCGUCUAUGGGACCAAUUCUUUGAAUAUCGAAGCGAAACCUUUAGUUCAACUUCUUUUUGCCGAAGUCUUGUCUCCGUUCUAUAUUUUCCAGCUUGGGAGGUUUUGAAGAUGAAAACCUUUUAGCGAAAAAAUUAAAAGACGAAUACCUAUUUCAGCGUGAUUUUGUGGUUUUGUGACGAUUAUCAAUUUUACGCCAGUGUCAUAGUCAUCAUCUCUUUGGGCUCAAUUUUCCUUGCACUGCGAGAUCUGAGGUUUGGAUUUGAGCUUUGUCAAUUUAAAAAAAGACGUUCAUUCAUAGUGAUCAUGUUUUUAAGAAAACAAGAAAGGAAAGUGAUCAAAAUGACAAAGUCCAGUAUUUGCGUUGAAGUUCUUCGAGACGGAAAUGUGCGAGAAGUCGACGCUUCUGAAGUUUGUUUUUUUCUUCGAAUUUUUCUCCAUUUUUUUCAAAGUUCUGAUAGAAAAAAAUUUUUCUCUUUUUACUCGGCAUGCUAUUCAAAAAAAUGACGGUCUGGGAAAAAAAGAAAACUGUUUUUUUAAACAACUAGUAACAAUAUAGCUCUUCGGGAAAAUUAGUAGUUUGAGACAUUUAGGAACCUUGCAUGUAUAGAAAAAAAAUCCAUUUUGCUAUUUUUUUAAAUAUAACUUUCAGUUGGUUCCCGGGGACAUAAUGCUGCUGGCUCCACAUGGAACGGUCAUGCCGUGUGACGCCCUUCUGCUCAACGGAUCGGCCAUUCUAAAUGAGAGCAUGUUAACCGGAGAAAGUGUACCUGUCACCAAGGUGUGAAAAUUUUUAGUAGGCAGACUAGAUGCUUCUAAAAACUGUGAAACUCAGAAAAAAAAAUUUCCCACGUGAACAAGAAAUCCUUUUUAAAAAAAAAUCUUGUACUAAAUUUUUUACGAGACUUUCAUUUUUCCAAGAAUAGGAGUUUUUGCAAAUCGGAAAUUUCAUCCAUUAUGUCAAAAAAUUAGUCGUUUUUUUUAACAAUAUUGAGCUUUGAGUAACAGAGACCUUUUGGAAAAAAAAAGUGAACACCUAAGAAGCUUUUCUUUUAAGGUGCCCUUAUCUGGAGCGGACGAUGUGGGCGACAAUGUCCGGUUCAACAACGAAAAACACUCAAGACACUUGUUGUACUGUGGAACUCAAGUUCUACAAGCUCGUUUUUACGGAAACAAGCCAGUUAGGGUGAGACAGAAGAAGUACAGAACUUAAAAAAUACUUCCCGUUUAGGCAGUUGUGGUCCGAACCGGCUUCUCAACUUUGAAAGGACAGCUGGUGAGAUCAAUUAUGUAUCCCAAACCGAUCGAUAGAAAAAUGAUGAUGGACAUUGUCUGGGUAAGUUAUUUAUGAAAAAGAUUAAAUUUUUGACAGUUUUCGAAAAAAACAUUUAUGUCUGAAAAAUUAGAGAUAAUGGAUCAUCUGGAUUGACCCAAAAAAAGUUUGCUUGAAAAACUCGUGCGAUGGAUUUCUUGAACUCAUUUGUAGCUAUUCUAACUUUUUUGUUCGAAAUAUAUUUUAAAGCUUUCUGAUUCCAGUUUAAAAUGUUUUUCUUACUUGUUUUUUAUGUUUCAGAGCAUUUUUUUUGUGAAACAACUUCUUACAGUUUGUCAUUUUCCUCUUCGGUAUCGCCAUGUGCGGGUUCGGAUACACUGUCGCCAUCAUGAUUAUGAGAGGAAAGCCUUUCCUGAAGAUUUUUGUUCGUUCUCUCGACAUCGUCACCAUAGUCGUUCCGCCAGCUCUUCCUGGUUAGUUGAAAAAAAAUCUGUAGACUUCUUAAGUUUUUCUCCUUUCAAGCUGCGAUGGCCGUUGGUGUAAUGAGAGCUCAAAAAAGACUUAAGGAGAAGCAAAUUUUUUGUAUCUCUCCAACAACAUUGAAUGUUUGUGGAAAGGUGAACGUGGUCAGUUGAGAUUUUUAAUUUAUCGAAGCAUUUCUCACAUGUUCAAGGUGUGCUUCGAUAAAACGGGAACUCUGACAGAAGACGGUUUAGACUUUCAAACUAUGAGAGCGAUAAUUCCGGCCAAAGACAGCAAAGGGCUCCCAAAGUUCACCGAGGUAAGCCUUAAAAAUUUUCUUCAUGCGUUUCUAUCUGUAGGAAAUGGAAAAACUUGAUCCAGCAGAUUUCGCUAAUCAAAAAGCUGACGCAAAACUGAUCACCGCUGCUGCAACAUGUCAUUCCUUGACAAGGUUUUUUUUUUGAUUUUUAUUCCAUCGUGAUAUAGUCUGUGUACCCCGACUUGGAAUUUCACCAAACGACAUUCCGCUGUUCCGCUGCGUGCCUUUGCGCGCCUUCAAUUUUUCAUUUUAUUCAAGAACUCGACAAACACGUGUUCCUAGUGGAAUAGUCCAUCUAUCAUAAAUUAGAACCUAUUCAAAGCAAGACGGAGGCUCGCAAAGACGCUUCGCGACGCAGCGGAACAGCGGAACGUCGUUCGGUGAAAUUUCAAGUCGUGACACACAGACUAUAUAUUGAAGCGCAAUUAUUCAGAAUCGACGGAAAUCUGCAUGGAGAUCCGCUAGAUUUGAUUUUGUUCAACAAGAGUGGAUGGUCCAUCGAAGAAGGAUCCAAUUCGGAUUCUGAAACGGAGCAUUUCGACAUGAUCCAGGUGAGAUCGGCUUUUUUUACCAUCACAUUGAUUUUUUUAUUUGAUGUUGUACAACUGAGAAAAAAAAUUAUAUCACCCGGGUUUUUUUUUCGCGGAUUGAGAAGGAAACUUCUGGUAAAUUCUUAUCAGAUUCAACCUCAUUGAGCCUUAUUGAAAAGUUUGUUUUUUACGGUCAUAGUUUGUUCCACUAACUUUUGCAGACAUUUUUUUUCAUUUUAAGCUUGACCAGGUUAAUUCUGAAAUAGUCUCUUCUAAUCUGAUACUCCUAGCCAACUGUGCUCAAACCACCCAACGAUGGCUACCAGGACCGUGUUGGAGAAUACUCUAUUGUGCGCCAGUUCACAUUCAGGUAAACUCACAUUAAUCUCAUAGUGCGUAAAUUUUGGGUUACGAACAUUCUUUUCGGACGGAUGUGCUGGAUUUUGAAAUGCUCACAAAAUGAUUUGGUUCAGUUCGGCGCUCCAGCGGAUGUCCGUAGUUGUAUCAAACCCGUCUGAAGACACGGCUCACGACAUGACAAUCUACUGCAAAGGGUCCCCGGAAAUGAUCCUCUCACUGUGUGAUCCACAAUUCGUCCCCGAAGAUUACAAAAAUGUGGUCGAUCACUACUCAUUACGUGGUUACCGACUCAUUUCCGUCGCCUACAAAAAAAUUGAUAUGAACUUUGCGAAAGCCGUCAAAGCUCCGAGAAAUUUGGUAAAAUUUCCCGGCAAAAUAAAGAAGUAGAUUUAUUUCAGAUGGAGUUUGAUCUGACUCUACUUGGUCUGAUAGUGAUGGAAAAUCGACUCAAGCCGGUCACUCUGGACGUGAUCAACGAGUUGUACACGUAGGAAUUUUUUUUUGUUUUUCGAUUUGUUUAAAAAACUGUACAAGAAAAAAAUUUUUUUUCACAUUGAAAAAGUGCAGUGAAGUUUCUCACAGUGAGACAAAGUUUUGAAAAACUUUCAUAUCUUGGUUCAAAAAAGUCUCUGCUCUAAGAUUGAUUUCAAUGUGAAAUACCAACUUUCCCUUCAAAAACCUAUAUUCUUUGAAGGAUUCUUAUUUUUCUCCAAAAUAUUUUCAAAAAAAGCUGAACUUAUGCUUCUACAUCAAUACAUUUAAUGUUAUGUCUUAAUUUGAAUUUUCAAGUUAUAGGUCUGAAAUGAAAAAGUUCACGCUUCUUGAAAGCCUGGAAAAAAAAUUUUCAGCGCAAAAAUUCGCUCCGUAAUGGUGACUGGGGACAACUUACUAACGGCUAUGAGCGUGGCAAGAGAAUGUGGAAUAAUCCGUCCUACAAAGGAUGCAUAUCUCCUACAACACGAUUCCACCCGACAUGACGCUCUUGGAAGAACUGUACUCACUCUAACUAAGGUUUAAAAAUCUCUCUUUUGAGAACAACAAAGAACUUCCAACUUUUCUUUGGCCAUGUAAAAAACCAAACAAAAUCAUUUUAGAGUGUUUCGAGUGAUGAAACCAUCGUUGACAAAACUGAAGAAGUCAGAGAGUUAGACCACAAGUUUGAUCGUUUCUCAAGUCGAUAUCAACUGGCGGUUUCAGGUGAGACCUCACCUGCAGAAAUCUUAAAAAUGCAAAACUCAGGUUUAACCUUUGCGAUUGUUUGCAAAGAAUAUCCUGACUUGGUUGAUCAGCUAGUCAGUGUGUGCGACGUUUUCGCGAGAAUGGCCCCGGAUCAAAAAAGCGGACUGAUUUGCGCUCUUCAGAAGGUCUUUGAAUGAAAAGUAUUCAGUAUUAUUGAGUGAGCUUUAGAUCGACUACACUGUUGCGAUGUGUGGCGACGGAGCCAACGACUGUGCCGCUCUGAAAGCCGCACAUGCUGGAAUAUCUUUGUCAGAUGCUGAAGCUUCGAUCGCAGCACCAUUCACCUCCAAGGUGAACUCGUUUCGUUUUCGAUAAAAACUUUGUGGACAAAAAACAAUACUUUACUUUAAAAGUUUUCAACGAGUAAAAUCAAUAUUUAAAAAAUUUUAUUUUUGAGAACCAACCGCCAUAAGUCUGACUGUAGGCUACUGGGUAGGAAUUUGGAUCGGUUGUAUUGAAAAACAAAAAUUGAUACAGAAUUUAACUUUAAAAAUUUUCAACGAGUAAAAUAAAUUCAUGGAUAAAUUCUUAUAGAUGAAAAAAAAGGUUGAUCCGACUGUAAAUUUUCCAGUAAUUUCAUUUUGAAAUUCAGGUUCCCGACAUUCGCUGCGUCCCAAAAGUGAUAAAAGAGGGAAGAUGCGCUCUGGUGACGUCGUUUUUGAGUUUCCGAUACAUGGCUGCGUACAGUCUGAAUGAGUUCAUGUCCGUGAUGCUUCUGUACUACAUCAACGCAAAUCUCACAGACUUCCAAGUGACGGGAAAUUCUGAAUGCUCCGUAUUGAUGAUCAUUUCAGUUCCUAUACAUUGACUUGAUUCUGAUUACGGUUCUGGCGCUGUUCCUAGGUAACACAGGUGCUGCCAAACGGCUGGCUUUGGUGCCGCCAGCCUCACGUCUAAUGUCGGCCAGUAGCGUCACAUCCAUUCUCGGACAGUUGUUCAUCAACGGUUUUGCACAGGUACCUUUCCGCUCGAAAAGUUUUGAUUUUUCUCUAAAAAAAUUUCUUCAAGUUUUUUAGCCGAAUUGGAGUAAUAAAAAACCAAUUUCCAUGUGCUGUCUUUGUUCUGUUAAAUCUAGUGGGAAAACCUGUUUUCAGCUGUUCAACGACUUUUUAUAAAAAGGAAUAGUGAAGCAUUUAUUUACUAAGAACUUUUGAACAAAAACUAAAAAAAAAUUGAAUCCAUUUUUAGGUGAUCGCUUACCUGUUCAUACAAAACCAGUCUUGGUUCAUUCCUCGCGAUCCAGAAGACAGCGACAUAAAAACUAUGCAGGUUUGAAAAUCAUUAGAUCAAAAUAUUGAUUUCACUUGAAAAAAAAGCCCCUUUUUUUCAUCUGUAUAUCAAGGGAAAAAUUAAUGUUUUCAGGGCACUGCUAUUUUUUUGGUUUCGGCGUUCCAGUAUCUGACAUUGGUUUUCACUUAUUCUAUCGGCGCUCCACACAGGAAGAUUGUCUUCACAAACUACCCACUUUGUAUUUGUUGGCUAGUAAUAGCAGCCGUGAGUUCUUUUUUCAACUGUGCAGUGAAGUCGGACAAUUUUUUUCAGUUCACUUUUCAAUUGACAAUGUACCCGUGCUCAUUCGAAAUUAAAGUAAUGGAUGAAAUCUACAUGCCGAGUGUCUCGUUCCGCUACGAAAUUUUCGGAGUCGCAGUUGCAUCGGCCGUCUCUGCGUAUCUUUUCGAACUGAUCGUUGUUCAAAAACUCAUCAGUGCAAUUGAAAGGUUUUUCCUCUUCUCGGGGUAUUUUAACAACCUGAGGGUAUAGUAAUAACUGUAAAAAGUAUUUCGGAUUUUUCAUAAAUUAGUAUUUAUUCGAAACUCGACUGGUAUUAGUUUUGUGUCAUCAUUUUACGCGGGUACCGGCUGUCAGAAAUCUUCAUUCGACCUUCAUAAAAAAAGUUUGAGCCUUCAUAAAAUAUUGCUGAGCAUUUACAUAAAGGAACUUUUCAGAGAAAAGUAAAGGAACCAAGAAAUCAUGUAGGAGGGUUCUAUAAAUAUCUGGAUCGGUAGUCACAAUAAAAAGUUAACUUUUCAAGAUGAAAAACCAAAAAAUUAAUCAAAUAUUUUUUCAGAAAAAUGGAAGAGCGCAAAGUACGCCAUUUGGAGCCAACGGCGCCACUUUUUUCUCGGAUUUUGGUUCAAAACGGCGCAAAUCCGCAGUGGCUUUCAUCUGCUAUCAAGAGAGAGGACAUGCCCGAUAAUUUUCUCAAGAUCUCGGUGGAAUCUGAAAGAAAAAAGUUUUGACCGUCUUUCCUCCGUCCCUAAUUAAAAAUUCAUCUUUUUAUUCUUGCUGCUAAGAUCAACUAUUUCAAAUCAAAGAAGUUAAAAUCCGUACUACUUUUUUUCAGCCAAAAGUUGUCAUCUUGAAAACAUAUUUGUUGGAUUUUUCCUCUAGAAAUCUCCGCAUCCAUGCCGGUUCAGUUAUCAAAUAAUUUUAGAAUAUACUCCCUGUUGGCCCGUAAAAGUUCGAAUCUUUUUGAGAUUUUCCUAUAGUUUUCUGUCCCAAGCUGGAGGCGAAUAAAAUAUAUAUUGCCUCCGCAAAUUCUACGGUUGCGUUUUGAUUAUUAUUUCAGCAUUUGUUCAGAGUGCUUUCUCCUUUUUAGUCAUUGAACGGUGAUUCAUUCCGAUGCUGUUUUUCUAUUUUUUAAGUUUGGAAGAUAAUAAAAAUUUUAUCAAAAAAUGACCAUUUGGUAUUAAAAAUGUUUUUAAUCGCUAGUAUCUAUCAACAUCAGAAAAAAAUCUCAAAAUCAAUAAAGCAUGCGUUCUAAAAAAAAUUACUACUUGUGUACAAACCACAAAAGAAUGUUUUUUUGUAGUUUUCGUAGCCUCGAUGGUGUCAAAGUUGUUUGCCUCGUUGCCCUGUCUUCUGAGGAGGCAGGCGAGUGCGCUCCAUUGAUAAGAGAAAUAACUUUUCUCUCAAAAAACGUUUUCUUCAAGAUCUUUUGUUUCAUUUUGAAUUGUGAACGUACUACUUGAAGUUCUCCAUUUUUUGAUGUGGACCGUUAGUGAAUUUAAAUUAUCAGUUUCUUAAAUUAAUUGAGAGAAGAAAAACGUCCAAGAAGGAAAGUGUGCUCUGUCGCGAAUAGAGGUCUUUUUUUCCCGCGUCUUUAAUUUUUUUAUCUUCGCAAAAAGUACAGCAAACGACAGUCUUUGUUGAUAGUUGUAAAUUUAUUUUUAUUGUUUCUUUUUUUCCUAUAAUUUUUUUACAUUUGGUUUGAUUCUCUCAUUAGUUUUGCACUUGAAAGUAUUAUUGAAAUUUGAGAUGCGAGAAACUUUUUUUCUAGUUUUUGAUUGAUUAAUAAAAAAAUAUUAUUUUUUUAUAAUUUUAAUGAAAAAAAUUUUUGAGGGAAAAAAAUAUGUCGCUUUCAGCUUGAGAACUCUGUUUUGCAAUUACAAUUUAUUAGAAUCUAUUUUUUUAAACACCAUAUCUAAAUUUUUUGAACAAUUUGAACAGAAAAAUUGAAAGUUAAACAUUAAAGGCUACAUCCACCACCAGCUGCAAAGUAAGGCCAAAAUCCAGUUCUCUUAUUGCCCUGUGAUCAUUCAUAGCGAUCAAUCGGAAGAGAUUUGAAACGUUUCCCGCCUUUUUAAUACUUUUCAUCUUUCGAUCUCAUCGCGUGCUAUUUAGAAUCAAAAAACAGUUUUGUUUUCUCACAGAUGGGACUCUUCGACUGGAUUUCAUCGGCUUUCGAAGUGACCACUUUUGACAUUGUCGUCUUGCUCAUCGCGGCUGUGCUUUUUGCUGUUUGGUACUUCAAGGGAUCAAAGCCAGGACCUCCACCUCCCCCUCCGGUUAGUCAUUUGACUGGAAUUGUUAAAUUCAACAAACUAUUUAGCCUCCUCCGGCUUUGAAAAUGACAGACAUGACGCUGUCGGAGUUGAACGAAUAUGAUGGCGUAAAGAAAGAAACGAUCCUUUUUGCUCUCAAUGGAACGGUGAGUUGAGAGAGAUUAACCUUGUUAUAGUACGCUCCGUGCGAGACUUUUAAGUUUUAAAUGAACAGAAAAGAAAUAGCUGCAGUAAAUACAACUAUUUGUUCUACAAAAUAGCAGAAAAAAAACAAAUGUCUCGGAGCGAAGAUUCUCAAUUUUGAUCUAAUUUGGUAUACGGUAUUUUUGGCAGAAUGAAAAAGUGGCAUGUUGGCGCAAAAAAGGCUAUAUCUUAAAAAUUUAAAAAGAAGUAGAAAAAACUUCCGAUCGCCAUUCUGAGUUCAAAAUUUUUUGAACCUGUGAAAAUACGAAAAAGCACCACCAAUAAUUGUGAUUUUACAGAUCUAUGACGUCACUCGUGGGAAGAGUUUCUAUGGCCCAGGCGGUCCUUACGGAGCCUUAGCUGGACACGACGCCACUCGUGCUCUUGCCACAAUGAGCACCGACGCUGUCAAGAAUGAGUGGGACGAUCUUUCCGGACUGAGCCCUCAGGAAAAGGUAUUUUCGAAAAUUUGAAAAAAAACUGUACUUGUGGAAACAGGCUCCGUGAACUCUUGAAAAAAAAAUCACUGAAAAUUCAGAUGAGAAUUCAUAGUGUUUGAUUGGAAAAACAUUAAUUUUAGAUGAGUGACAAAUUUUUAAUAAUUUUGCAAAGGAUUUUCUCAGCAAGUGACAAACUUUGAAACUGAAAAAAAAAAAAACGAAGCUUCAUUUAAGGAGCGGUUGUCAGAGAUUAAAUCGUUGAUCUUUAGAAGGGUACAGGAUAUUAAAAUGAUUGCUAUCAAAAAAACUUUCUUUAUCUAAAACAAUAGAUUAUUUGAUUCAAGUUACACAGUUUGUAUGACCUUAUAUUGAAAAAUUCAGGAAACUGCCGAGGAGUGGGAACAGAGCUUCAAGUUCAAGUAUCUUGCGGUCGGAAGACUCGUCCGCGACGACGAAGAGAAGCUUGACUACCACGGCCUCACGUCUUCAAUCAGCGGCGCCCGCACUGUUGCAGAAAUCGCUGCUGGAGGAAACCCCGAUAAGAAAAAUGAUUAA